CGCCAGUUGGGUCCAAUCUUGCAGUUAAUGCACAGCCCGGACUCCGGCGCCUCUCCGGGAGCGGACCCAGGCUCGGAGCCUCGGACGCUGGGACAGGCCGCCCGCCGACCACGCCCGCCACGCGCGGGCCACCACGCCCCGCGCAGCAGCCGCCCGCCGCCCCGGGGACGCCCGAGCGGCUGCCCCCCGAGACCGAUGCCCGCCCGGAAGCCCCCGGAGACCCCCGGCUCCCCGAGGGCCCUGCAGACCCUCCCGCCCGGCCCUGGGCCCCCGCGACUCGAAACCAGCGCUCGCCGCCCUCUGUGCCAGCCCCAGCCAGGGGCCCACAGGGCAAGGCCCAGGAAGAUUGUAUUUGAGGAUGAGCUGCCCUCCUGGGCCCUUCUGGGCCCCAAGAAGUCUACUGGAACCAUCCCUGAGAGGCAUAUGCCCAGGCCCCACCCAGUGCCCGACUAUGAGCUUAAGUAUCCACCAGUGAGCAGUGAGAGGGAGCGGAGCCGCUAUGCAGCAGUGUUCCAGGACCAGUACACAGAGUUCUUGGAGCUCCAGCAGGAGGUGGGCUCUGCACAGGCCAAGCUCCAGCAGCUGGAGGCCCUGCUGAACUCACUGCCCCCGCCCCGAAGCCAGAAGGAAGCCUGUGUCGCUGCCCGCGUCUGGAGGGAAUUUGAGAAGAAAGAGACGGACCCCAGCUUCCUGGACAAGCAGGCUCGCUGCCGCUACCUGAAGGGCAAACUCAGGCACCUCAAGAUGCAGAUCCAUAAAUUCGAUGACCAAGGAGACAGUAAGGGGUCUGUGUACUUCUGAGCGUCCUGCACGCAAGCAGAGG